AUUUGAGAAUUUGUGAACAUUGAACCUGCGCCCACAGGUUCUGCGAAUUUCUCUGGAGAAUAUCGAAUCAUUUGUUUCACACGCGUUGAAUUGUGGGGUGGUACCAACGCUUCGUAUAAUAAAUAUUUAUGUAGGUACGCGCAUAAACGGCAUGUGAACAGAUGUAUGUUCGCUCGACUCAGUGUUGAUACAUUUUAACAAACGCAAACUGUGAAAAUAAACAUUUUGAAUAAAUAAAUGCGAACACAAUUAAAAAUGUCUUCGAGCGAAACACAAAACAAAGCCAACAAAGCCAACAAAGGCGGCCAAAUGUGCGCGCCAACAUUAGUGAAAGCAAUUAAAUCUGUACGAUAUGAUGUGGCAAAAAAGCGUUGGCCGCUAAUAGCUGCUUUUAUCAUCAUCAGUACAUGUUGUUGUUGUUGCAACGUCAUGGCAGCAAAUAGCGCACCGCCGGAGAUGAGAUACCCAUGCGCCUUUAUUGAUACCAUCAACGUAACCGGUACUCCCUGGGCGUAUGAGCAACCUAAUGUUACCUUCGCUGCGGAUACUAAACUCAACAACACCAACAACAUCAACAAUAUAAAAAUCAACAGCACUGUUGUUAGUAAUAACCAUCAUGACGACAACAACAAUACAAACUUUCUUCACAGUCUCGGCAUUACAUCCAUACCGCGCGAAUUGAUUGCCGAAUAUCAGUUUGUCAUCAAGGAUGGGGUGCGCGUUAAAGUGGAACGUCACCUGCGCGCUUGCAUUUGCAAACUGAAGCCAUGCAUACGCUUUUGCUGUGCAGAGGGGCGCUACUAUGAUACGGCUAGCAAGUCAUGCAUGCCCAUUCUGAGCGUCAUCGAUGCCGACAUAUCCAACGGCAGUCGACAGAGCAUCGCUUUGACUGGCUUGGACCAUCACGAGGUACCGGUGUUGGGAACGGACGGCCGCAUACAAUUGGCGAACACAGAGCAGCAUUUUAAUGUACAUAUUGGUGUUCCUUGCGAACGGAUGCGUUUCGUAUAUAGAAACAGCGAGUUGGUGCAUUGGACUUUGUUCGAGAAUGGCACAAUUGCAAACCAGAACUACGUAUUCCCGAACUAUUACUGUUAUACGCCGCAUCAGUUGGACAAUGUGACAUGGAGUUGGCAGCCGUUGGCCUGUGUACCGAACAAGUUGCUUUUCGUUUUGGGCAAAAAAGAGUGGACCUAUGCAAUUUGCUUAAUUCUGGCCGUCAUCUGUAUGAGUAUUAUCCUAUUCGUCUACCUCUUCUGCAAUGAUAUGCGCAACACAUUCUAUGGCGUCGCCAUCAAAGUCUACUCGCUAUGCAUAAUCAUUGGUUACUCGCUGAUGGCCCACCUCACGCUCACAGAUCCGGUGAAGUUCAGCACGCUGUCCUGCAUCAAUAUACCCGCUUGCGUUAUCCUAUAUUUGGUGUUAUCCUUCUACAUUCUGAGCUUCAUCAGCUUCAAUUUUUAUAUGCAUUUUCAUGGUAUUAUCCUGUCACGUCUAAUGUUUUGGUUGAUUUUCUUUCCGAUCGCCCUGCUGACGGUCGGCUGGUCGAUCUUCGCCGCCAACAACAUCUAUGACGGUAAACAAGUAUUCGGCGGCGAUACCUGUUGGUUUGAUCCAAGCAAUUGGUCCAUUAUGGUAUAUUUUUAUGCGCCGAUUUUCAUUGCGUGCGUUCUGACCAUUUUUUUCUAUAUUCUCACAUUGAUCCAUAUCAGUGAGUGGCGCGACUACAAUAUGCGCAAGCCCACGGAGUCACUCGAGGAGAAUUGCUUUAAAUCUUUCUGGAAGUUCUUCACCUACACUUUCGUGGUGUUUCUAGUCUGCGUCACUUCGUUUGUAAUCAACUACUAUCGCAAGGAGGGGACGCACAUUAAUUAUGCGGUCUGUUUAUUCAUCGCUUUUCAUGGCUUCGGCGGCUUGUAUGCACUGAUCGGUCAAAAUCGGCAAAUUCAAAAUUUCCUACGACGCAUCGAGGACGACGUCAGCAGUGAUGACGAGAGCGCGGUGCACAUGUCCGGCUUCUAAUCACUGUAUUUCAUCUUCAGCCUAAGUACAGGAAAAGCCAAAACCCUAUAGAGUGUAAAUAUAUUUUCAUAAGUUUUGUGAGAAAAAUAGAUACGAAAUGCUUUA